CCUCUCGCUUUCCGUAGCCCUCUGUUUUUACUAACGUCACGUGAGCCUGGGGAGACACGUGACGUACGGUGUGCGUGUUGCGUUGUGUGCGCGCGCCGAGGGACGUCUGUGAGUGAAAUGCACGCCGUGUCUACCGCGGCGGUUGCCAUGGAAACGGUGGAGGAAGACGCUGUACUCCGCUGUCGGAGGUGCAGGAUGUGUGUGGUGGACUCAUCCGAUCUGCUCCGGAUGUGCGCUGACGACGCCGACGCCACAGCCGAGUGCAACAUCUGGCACGUGAACGUGGAUCCGCUGCCCCGCUGGAUCCUGACCGCUGUGCAGCAGGCCGCCUGGACAAUGGGCAAGCUGCACUGCGGUCAUUGCGGGGCCCGCCUGGGGGGCUUCAGCUUCAUCACGCGUCCCUCGUGCCCCUGUGGCCGGACUCUCGCCGUGCACCUCUGCAAGAGUCGCGUGGACCGCGACCGCAGGUGUGUCCUCAGGGUGUCUCCGCCCAUGGCGGACGUGGACGAGCCCACCUGGGGCCCGCGCAGGACGACGCGCAGGUUAGAGGACGGGUCAGGACCCACGUCCGGUGCUUCGGACCCCCCCCCCGAUGCAGCCCUCCGCCAACCCACCGGAUUCCAUACGGGAGCUUGCGAGUCCCUGCAUUGGACCCCUCCCAAUGGCUGCGGCAGGAACGCAGAUGGCCUGCCCUCGGACCUGGAGCAGGACGAGGGUCCAAACCCUGCUUUGAGACAGAGGGUCCUGUGCCAGAGUGGCAUGCAGGAUGGGGACAGAGAAAGCAAGCGGGACAGGAACCGUCUCAAGAGCCUGAGGAGGAAGCAGCGACGGCGUGAGCGAUGGCUACAAAGUCAGCUGCAGGAGCACCGCCAGGCUGCUGCAGGCAAUCUGUCAAGCAGCGAGGACGAGGCCCUGCCCACCGGGGACGACAGGGAGGGGCUCACGUGCGCCGUGUGCCUCGACCUCUACUUCAGUCCGUACACGUGCCGCCCGUGCGGUCACGUGUUCUGCGAGCCGUGCCUGCGCACGCUGGCCAAGAACUGCCCCGCCAACACGCCGUGCCCGCUGUGCCGCACCACCAUCACGCACGUCUUCUUCCACAAAGAGCUCAACCACACGGCGAAGACGUGCUUCCCGAAGGAGUACGCGACCCGCAAGCAGAACUUCCAGAAGGCGAGCUGUGCCAAGUGGCCCCUGCCCAGCUGUCCCAAGAUCUUCCGCAUCUUUGGAGGGCUGCGGAGGCGCGGCAGCCCCACAGGGAGGCGCCAGUUUCCACACGGCGGCUACCGACUGGACGCGCUCGCCUUCCAGGAGGACUCGCGUGGGUGGCGCUUCGACAUGGACAUGGUCAUCGUCUACAUCUACUCUGUCAAUUGGGUCAUUGGCUUCUUCGUCUUCUGCUUCCUCUGCUACUUCUUCAUCUCCUCACUCUGAAGCUGACCCUUCUCCCGCUGAAGGCUACCAUUCGCCCGAGGGAGGACCCCACCUAGUGGUGGCCCUGCGAUUGACUGCGGGAGGAGGCUGCGGGUGCCGGUGCUCUGGAGCAGCACCGAGUCACCUGAAGGAGACACCAAAUAAAACGUGGACAGAUUUUAGUCCCUGAAGUCCAACAGAAAUGUGAGGUCUUCAGGGGGGUCCACUAGUGCUCCCGCCUGCUGUUGUGGUGACUCGGGGGUCAGUGAACGCGCUCUGGCAUGCGGAACCUGGCACACAGCCUCAUCUCUUCAGCCAGUAAAUCUGUGCUUUGUUUUUAUUGGUUUAUUUCAGAUACUGUAAAACCAGAGAGAGAAUAAAAACAGUGGAUAUCCU